AUGAAGCCCCAACUGAUGAUCCGGCCCACUGUUCUGGGCCCUGCAGUGCACCUCAUCCUCGCGCAGCUCAACAUUACCAACUUUGCAGCUUCUGUUCUUUUCGACUUGGUUGGAGCUGGAAUGGUUUUCUGGCUCGGCCAUUUUGUGGGGGCCACCGCCGUGAUGCUCGUCGUCAUUCACAUCGGACGGGGAUAUUGCCGGCAAGUCGCGAAAGUUCACGACGAGAUGGCCGUCUUUAGCCUCGGCAACUUAAAAAGUUUCUGCUGUUCCGUGGACCAUCGUGACCCAAUAUCCGGUGAGAGCAUGCCCUGCGACAGGAAGAUCAUCAUAGAGUGCAUUUGCACAUGGUUCGGCUCUGUCCAGAACUUCGAGCAUCGAGUCCGUUCGGAGGUCUUGCAGAACCUCAUCGACCAGCUCUCCAAUGAGGUGUUUUCGUUCUGGCAAGCGGCUGUACUCACCGCGCCUGUCUUUUGGCGAUACGCCGACUUAGCCUUCCAGUGGAUGCUCGUCGGCAACGCCUCACGUACGGUGCACAACUUUAUGCGUGGUUUCACGUACUGGCUUGCCAUGUCAUCAACCCUGGUAUUGAUCUACAUCCGAAUGGCGUACUGGACACGUCGGAAACGAAGUUGUUUUCUUCUAGAUCUGCUGACAUCCUACCUCGUCGUCCUCGUUGGCGCGGCUUACUUCUUCUCCCACGCGGCCUUUGAUAUCUUCCUCUUCGAAGUAGCUUUUCCUGAGAUGCGCAUCGUGGCGGGGUUGGCGUUUGCAUUACCAGCCUUCAGCAUAGCGUUGCUGGUGUGGCGGACAAUACCCAAGAUCCCUGUCCACUCGUCAAAGGAAACGACGAGCUGA